UUAAAAUAUCUAAGUCAGAUACCGAGUCAUGCAAUAGUGAAAAUAAAGUGGAAUUUUCACAACAAAGUACUAAAAGCGCUACAGCGGAAGAAAAUCGGGAAAUAAAGCUGAGCAAAGUGGAUGCACUGCAGAAGAAGGCGAUGCUUAAAAAAAAUUGCAUCCUGUUGCCUUGGAGCGAAUCGAAGAACCGGCCAAGGAAAAUGUGUUCCAGCAUACGUCAACUCAGCGUCCGGAAUUCGCCAUUCCAAGUGCUCCUCCCUCGAGCUCAGAAGUCGAAGACUUAAGGAAGGAAAACUUAUUUCUUCGACAAGAAUUGGCGAGGAAGGACAGGAUGCUCGAAGCACAUUAGGCAAACUUGACCAGGCUAUUUCUCGUUUGGAAGCCGUCUUUAAAAUAAAUGAAGGUUACUUUCACCAAUGGUUACUUUGACCAAAGGCAGAAGCAAAGUAAAAGGAAAAUUGUGCUCACUAAAAAUCAAAGCAAUUCGAUGUGAGUUCGAAAGGUGGAUGAGCCAGGAUCUAGGCUACGGCAGGGAUAUGGUCGGAAAACUUCCGAUCGCAAACAUCGAUGGAUACAUCAACACACGACGCAAUGCAUGCAUCCGACAUCCUAUACCACACCGGAUACAUUCAACGAAAACAGCACCGCACCUGUUUUCCAACCUUGAAAUUAAUGUAUUGGAAUUUUCCUUUUUUUAAUUAAGAUACGCUAUAAUAUAUUAUUUUGUAAUGUUAAAGACUAGAAAGUUUAAGACUAGAAAAUGAUAUUAUAGGAUGUGAAAGAAAUUUUGUUUA